CACGUCGCCGAAGAGCACACCAACGAAGAAGAAGAGGGGGAGGAAGCAGAAUCUGCAAGAGCCCAGCAUCAUGGAGACUUUAUACAGCAUACCUUUUACUGUGCUGGAAUGUCCAAAUGUAAAACUGAAGAAACCUUCCUGGGUGCAUAUGCCGUCUGCCAUGACAGUGUAUGCUGUGGUUAUUGUUUCCUACUUUCUCAUCACCGGAGGAAUCAUCUAUGACGUCAUAGUGGAGCCUCCAAGUGUGGGCUCGAUGACGGACGAGCAUGGACAUCAGAGACCUGUAGCCUUCCUUGCAUACAGGGUAAAUGGACAGUACAUCAUGGAAGGACUGGCUUCCAGCUUCCUCUUCACGAUGGGAGGCCUGGGCUUCAUCAUCCUGGACCGAUCUAAUGCGCCCAACAUCCCUAAACUCAACCGCUUCUUGUUGCUCUUCAUUGGCUUCGUCAGCGUGCUCCUCAGCUUCUUCAUGGCCCGUGUGUUCAUGCGCAUGAAGCUACCUGGUUAUCUAAUGGGAUAAAUGCACCAGCACCCUUGGAUUCAUUCAGUGUGGACUGAUCUUGCUGAAGAGAAAUUAAAGUUUGGACUCCAAAAUCGAUUACCAACUAGCACUGGAGAUGUGUCAACCGUGCAGUGGAAAGUAGGUUGUUUUUAUACAUUAAAAAAAUAAAUAAACAAGGAAUUA